AUUGACUAGAUACAAUGCUGUUUCAUUUUCAAAGAAAGCCUUUUUCAAAUGCAAUGUUUGUAUCAAGGAACUAGUCAGUACCGCUGUUUGAGGACAUAUCCGGUAGUCUUGUCAAAUAUGUACUGCAGCACGUCCGUCUGAGGAGCACUUCUUCGAUAUUGUGCCAUUCGGACAAUCCCUCUACCAUUUAUGGGUGAUACUCUGUUUCACGAUAACGCGGAUCGUCAGGAGGAUGACUACGACUAUCUCAUAAAGUUGCUUGCACUUGGCGACAGCAAUGUCGGCAAAACUAGUCUAUGGUUUCAAUACACUGACAACACAUUUAAUCCGCACUUCACAUCCACCGUUGGCGUUGACUUCAGACAGAAGCGAAUAGUGCGCGAGUGUAGAGAUGCCAAUGGCUUGUUGGGAUCCAAGCAACGCCUACAUCUCCAACUAUGGGAUACUGCAGGACAAGAACGGUAUCGAAGUUUAUGUUCAGUAUUUCUCCGCGACGCGAUGGGUUUCUUGCUUGUGUUCGAUCUGACAAAUGAGAAAAGCCUCCACAACUGUCGUGAGUGGAUGGAUCUACUGUGUCAGCACGCGUACUGCGAUCGGCCCGAUGUGGUUCUUGUGGGCAACAAGUUUGAUCUGGUAGCCGAACGUCAGGUCCCCCUGCCAACAGCGACUGCUAUGGCUCGAGAGUUAAACGUCCCUUACAUAGAGACCAGCGCCGCCACUGGGUAUCAGGUAGCUGCCGCCGUAGAUCUCCUUCUGGAUGCCGUGAUGAACAAAGUGGAGGCCUCACUGAUCAAGUCACGUAUCCACAACCCCACCACAGAUGCUGUCAAUUUGUCCAAAGUUGCCAACAAGGGAUCCAGCUGCGCAUGCUAGUCUGUUACAUCCGUUUCACACUUGUCCAAACUGCUGGCCCCUCUCGUACUCAUUUUUGCGCACUCGGGAUCUCACUGGUCUAUCUGGACUGUCAUUGUUACCACGUUCUCCAUUCAUUCCAAGCUACGCCUCCAGCUAUUCCAAUUGAGACAACUUGCCCUCUCUGUGUGCGAACGGGUGCCCCAGUUCCUCCCCCAUCAUAAGUAUGCACGCAUGGGAUUUGUGUUUCCGCGACAUUGUUGUCUCCAUUUUUUGUGAUCUCCCUAAGACGAAUCACACAUUCCUUAUGGACUGUCGUCAGAGUCUAAUCUUGAUGCGCUGUUUUGUCUUCUCUUGAUAUGUCCUUCAUUAUUUUGAUCCGUUGGGAUCUGUUUACACUUUCACAUGACAUUCUUUUGGUAACUAACUUAAAUUUUGUCACAGGGUUUACAAUGUGAUGUAUCGCAGAGUACUCUUUAUGCUUCUUGACUUUCGUAUUUCUCCUUAUUGUGAUUGUCACGUUGUGUGUGUAACGCCUGAUCUUGAUCAAGCAUUUUCUCUUUAUUGAACUACUUGUAUCGUUUAUCACUUCGUCCUCGUUUGAAAUUUGAAAUUUUCAACU